CUAAGUGUUGACGACAAGUGUGUCGAGCCCUGCGCCCGGCCAAUCCGGUUUCUCCAGUCGGAGCAACAGUGCGCGCCAUUUGCUCGACGUCAGCGCGAAGAUUAAUAAAUUUGAAUAGGUUCAUAGGCAAGAAGAUUCCUGAAAUCACUUCAGCAGCAGACGCCGGCCAAGCCGUGUCCGCUCUUCGGGAGAGAGCACAGAGUGAGAGACACAUUUUCCAAGUCGAACGUCGUGAACCUGCGACGACUACAGACCCACCGCGGAACGGACAAGUCUGAAGAAAUCCUCGCCCGCGAGAGAUCCACUACCACCACACCCCCUGCUAGUUACACUCAUCGGUCACGGACUUCCUGAUAUUCUUUCCAGCUGUGAAAUCAGGACCGAAGCGAUCGCUGGGAUAUUAGACAAGCAUCCGCUGUCUGGGACCCGAGCAACAAGUUUUCCUGUGGAUUCACCCCGGCCUACCAGCGUUUUCCGUCGCGCUAGGUCUCCCCUACCGGAAGUUUGCCCGAGCCUAUUGAUUUGUGCUGUAGACAAUAUAAAACGUGUGGCCCGGAUCUACCACCAUGCAUACUAACGAGCGCAACCCUGCCGACGGACCGGAGGAAGAGGAGAUGCCGGCCACCGAACGCGAUCUCGCCGAGGACGCGCCAUGGAAGCGCAUUCAGAAGAACACGUUUACGAGAUGGUGCAACGAGCACCUGAAGAAGGCCAACAAGAACAUCAACGACUUGGAGACGGAUUUGAGCGACGGUUUGCGGCUGAUCGCGCUGAUCGAGGUGCUGUCCCACAAGAGGAUUCCGCGCUACAACAAGAGGCCCACCUUUCGGGCCAUGAAACUAGAAAACGUGUCGGCAGCCCUGCAGUUUCUAGAGGACGAACACAUCAAAAUUGUCAAUAUCGAUUCCAGUGACAUAGUGAACGGAAAGUUAAAGCUGAUCCUGGGUCUAAUAUGGACGCUGAUCCUGCACUACUCCAUCUCCAUGCCCAUGUGGGAGGGAGACGACGAGCCCGCCGCCAAACAGACGCCCAAGGAAAAACUCCUCGGCUUCGUGCAGGCCAAGGUGCCCGACCUCCCCAUCAAGAACUUCAACAAGGACUGGAACGAUGGCAAGGCCUGCGGUGCCCUCGUGGACGCCUGCGCCCCUGGCCUGUGCCCUGACUGGGAGGACUGGAACCCCAAUGACAAGGUGAAGAACUGUAACGAGGCCAUGGACCUGGCUGACAAGUGGCUGGGAGUGCCCAAGCUCCUGAGCCCAGAGGACAUGGCCAGCCCCCAUGUGGAUGACCUCAGUGUGAUGACCUACGUCUCACAGUUCCCACAGGCCAAACUCAAGCCUGGCGCUCCCCUCAGACCCAAGACUAACGCCAACAAGGUGCGCGUCUUCGGCAAGGGCGUUGAGGCUACAGGUAACCAGGUGGGCAGCCCCGCCCCGUUCACCAUCGACACCUUCAGCGCCGGCGGCGGAGACAUCAAGGUGACCGUGGAGAACCCGCGCGGCAAGCAGGACCAGUUCAAGCUGGAGGAGAACCUGAACAAGGCCAAGACCUACACCUGUACCUACACACCUACCAUGGAGGGCACUUAUGUGGUGAAGGUGAUAUUUGCUGGCAAGGAAGUGCCCAAGAGCCCCUUCAAGGUGGGCGUGGCAGCUAGCAAGAGUGAUCCCAGCAAGUGUUCGGCCAAGGGACCCGGGCUCGAAUCCGCCGGCGUCGUCGCAAACAAGGCGACUUACUUUGACAUCUUUACAGCAGGUGCUGGGCCUGGCGCUGUGAACGUGGUGAUCGCCGACCCAGACGGGAAGACGAACACGGUUCCCGUGGAGAUGGAACAGACGGGUGACGGACAGUUCCGCUGCACGUACAAGCCCCUGAAGAUGGGCAUCCACACCAUCACCAUCACCUUCGACGGCAGCAACAUUCCAAAGAGCCCCUUCAAGGUCCACGUGGCCAUGCCAAAAGAAGACCCAGCCUCUGACACAGGAAUGCUUAUAGACUUUGGCGAGGAGUCACCACCCAAAGGGAGUACACAAAAGAAGGAAAGUCCCCCAGCGUUCUCACAAGACCUGCUCCUGGACGAUGGUGGGAGUCUCGGCACUAAAUCUCCCUCUGACCCUCUCUCUAACCAACAAGCUCUUAAACCUGACUCUAGCCAAGACCUGCUGGGGCUUGACUCUGAACAGUCUGAAGAAGAUGAGGAUGCUGUGAAUGCUGCAGCAUGCAGAGCAUAUGGACGGGGUAUCCAAGCCCGCGGUGUUCGCGCCAAGGAGGUAGCAGACUUCCGUGUGGUGACCAAGGCUGCUGGGAAGGGAGAACUGAAGGUGUCCGUUAUCGGACCAGGUGGCAUGGAGAUGCCAGUGAAAGUGGCAGACCAGGGUGAUGGUAACUACGCCUGCCAGUACCGGCCAGGCAAGCCUGGUGUCUACAAAGUCAACAUCACGUUCAGUGGACAGCACAUCCCAAAGAGCCCCUUCACCGUCAACGUGGGUUCGGAGGCUAAGCCGUCCCGGAUCCGGGCGUAUGGACCCGGCCUGGAGGGAGGCCAGGUCGGCCACCCUGCUGAGUUUGUAGUAGAGACGGCCGGAGAAGAUAUUUCAGGUCUAGGUUUUUCCAUCGAGGGGCCAUCACAAGCCAAGAUAGAAUGCCAUGACAACGGAGACGGUUCGUGUGACGUGGUGUACUGGCCAACCGAGGCUGGGGAAUAUGCAGUCCACAUCGUAACAGACGAUGAAGACAUCGCUAACAGCCCGUACAUGGCACAGAUCAGACCUCAAGACAAGAAGUUUACACCUGGACAGGUGAAAGCCUACGGACCAGGACUGGAGAAGACAGGCAUCGUUGUCGGCCAUCCCAUGGAGUUCACCGUGGACGCCAAGAAGGUGGCAGCGGGCCAGCUGCAGAUCUGGGCGUACGACCAGGAGGCGGAGAAGCUGGACGUGAAGGUGCGGGACAACGGCAACAAGACGUACACCUGCACGUACACGCCGCUCAAGGCCAUCCGCUACACCAUCGACAUCUCCUGGGACCAGGUCAACAUUCCCAACAGUCCAUUCAGGGUGCAUGUUGCAGAGGGUAGCUACCCCAACAAGGUGCGUGUGUAUGGCCCUGGUGUGGAGAAGACUGGCCUGAAGUCUGGGAAGCCCACACAGUUCACUGUGGACUGCACAGAAGCUGGCAGUGGUGAUGUCAGCAUCGGCAUCAAGUGUUCUCCUGGUGUGGUUGGAGAGAGGGAGGCUGAUAUUGACUUUGACAUUGUGAAGAACGACAACGACACGUUCACGGUGAGCUACGUUCCGCCCGCGGCCGGGCGCUACACCAUCAUGGUGAUGUUUGGGGAGCAGGAGAUCCCCAAGAGCCCCUUCGUCAUCCAGGUGGAGUCAGCUGGAGACGCCAGCAAGGUGCGCGCUGAGGGACCUGGGCUGGAACCUACAGGUGUUGUGUCAGGAAAGCCCACCUACUUCACAGUCAACACACGUGGAGCUGGAGAGGGCAAACUGGACCUGGACUUUGUCGGGCCAUCCAGGGGUGGAGGAGCUAAGGAUGUGAACAUUGUGGACAACAAGGACGAGACCUUCACCGUCCACUACACCCCGGUGGCUGCUGGGCCCAUGAACGUCAGCGUGAACUAUGCCGGCAAACCCAUUCCCAAGAGCCCCUUCAAGGUCAACGUCGCUCCACCUGUUGACCUCAGCAAGGUCAAGGUCGAUGGGCUGGGAGAGAAGGUUAUCGUGAACCAGGAGAAGGAGUUCUUUGUGCUCACGCGCGGUGCAGGGGGUCUGGGUAACGUGGAGAUCACCAUCACGUCCAUUACCACUAAAAAGGUGCUGAAGACCACACGCGUUGAGAAGAGAGGAGAAGACUAUGUCUGUGUCUUCACCGCGCUAGAAGUGGGCAUGUACGCAGUAAGCGUCAAGUACGAUGGCCAGGUAGUCGACGGCAGCCCCUUCAAGUUCGAGGCAGUGCCCGGCGCAGAUCCAAGCAAGGUCAAGGCAUAUGGUCCAGGGUUGAAGGGUGGAAAGGUCAACAGGGAGCAGACGUUUACCAUUGACACGCGUGAGGCUGGACAGGGUGGGCUUGGCCUGACCAUCGAGGGUCCGAGCGAGUCUCGCAUCGAGUGCAAAGACAGGGGAGACGGCACGUGUUCUGUGUCCUACUGGCCAGAGGAUGUCGGGGACUACAGCAUCAACAUCAUGUACGCUGACCAGCACAUCCCCGGGUCUCCCUUCCCCGCCAGGGUGGUCCCUGCUCACGACGCCUCCAAAGUCAAGGCCAGCGGCCCGGGGCUGUCUCCCGGCAACAAGGCCGGCGACCCCUGCGAGUUCACGGUCGACAUCCGGGAAGCCGGCGAGGCUGAGCUGACCAUCGAGGUCGUCACGGAGACGGGCGAACGCGUGGAUGUGAAGAUCGAGGACUCGCGUGAUGGCACCUUCCGGAUCAAGUACGUGCCCCAGAUCGCAGGUUCCUACACCAUCACGAUCAAGUACGGCGGGGAUCCCAUCCCACAGGUCCCCAUCAGGAUCACCAUCGAACAGAAGGUCGACGUCAGCGGGAUCAGGUGCUAUGGCCCUGGAGUCGAAGGUAUGUUUGUGGAUGCUCCGACGGAGUUCACCAUCGACGCGAAGUCUGUGAGCAGGAGGGGAGGAGACAACGUCCGCUGUGUGGUACAGAACCCCACCGGAGCCAAGACUGAGGCUGCUGUGAAGGACAACAGGGACGGAACCUACACCGCCUCCUACACACCAUACGAAGAAGGACGCCAUCUGAUAGACGUGCUGUAUGAGGAGCUGCAGGUGCCCGGGGCUCCCUUCAAGGUCCAGGCUAAGGAGGGCUGUGACCCAUCCAAGGUGCGCGCCUACGGGCCAGGACUGGAGGGUGGACUCACCGACAAACCUCAACAGUUCACCAUUGAGACUAAGGGUGCUGGUACAGGUGGUCUUGGUCUGGCCAUCGAGGGUCCCUCGGAGGCCAAGAUGACGUGCAAGGACAACAAGGACGGCAGCUGCACCGUGGAGUACUUCCCCACCACUCCUGGAGACUACGACAUCCACAUCUCCUACGGAGAACAGCCAAUCAGGGGAAGCCCAUUCUCUGUGCUGAUCAAGGACGACAUUGACGUGUCCAAGGUCAAGGCGUACGGCCCCGGCCUGGAGAAGGGCGGUGUCCGUGCCCAGAACAUGCAGGUGUUCACCGUGGACCACGCCAAGACAGGCAGCGCACCUCUGGAUGUCAAGGUCACAUCACAGAUGGGUGCAACAGUGAACACUGAGGUCACAGACAACCAUGAUGGCACCCACACAGUCAAGUACAUCCCGCCCAGCGAGGGGGCCUGCAAGGUCGAUGUCAAGUACGACAACCAGAGCAUCCCACAGAGUCCAUUUAACGUCCGCGUGCUGCCACCAUAUGAUGCCAGCAAGGUGAAGGCGACAGGCCCGGGGCUGCAGCAGGGUGUGCCUGCUUCCUUCCCCAUCUCCUUCACUAUCGACUGCCGCGACGCUGGAAACGCUGACCUGGAGGUCAUCCUGGAGGACCCAGAUGGUAGGAUGAAGAGCCCAGAGAUCCAUGACAACGGGGACGGAACCUACACCAUCACCUACACCCCCGAGCAGUCCGGCAACUACACCAUCGAGAUCAAGUACGGAGGCGAGCAGGUCCCACGCUCUCCCUUCCGCAUCACUGUCAAACCCACCGGAGAUGCCAACAAGUGUUCUGUCACAGUGCGCAUCAGCCCACCCGGGCGUGUUGGGCAGGGGCAGUGGCUAGGCGAUGGAAUGCAGCCGUACAUCCAGAUCGGAGAGGAAACCUGCGUCACCGUCAACUGCAAGACCGCCGGCAAGGGCAAGGUCAACUGCACCAUCCAGGACGCCAACGGGGAGGACGUGGACGUUGAUGUUGUUGAGAACGACGACGGAACCUUUGACAUCUUCUACACGGCCCAGCAGCAGGGAGAGUACACCAUCACCAUCAGGUUUGGUGGACAACACAUCCAGGGCAGCCCCUACAAAGUACAGGCCGUGGAUGACCUUUCCAAGAUUCCUAACGGAACAUUCCAGCAGCAGUACAUGGAGCAACAGUCAACAUCAUUUUCAUCAACAAGCACUAUGAUGAUCGAGGAAAGUAGCACUAGUGUCACAACCCAGGAGGUUGAGGUUGAGGAGUCCCAACAACAUGCGGAGAGACUCCACAGUGCCGUUUAUAAAACAGUUGACUUACUGUCGGAGGCUGAGAGCCAGCUUCAGACCACCAACGAAAGGCUUUCCAGCCUGCAGAAGGAGCACGACGAUCUCUUGGAUCAGAACAGCAAGCUCCACCGCUUGUACCACGACAAGCUGACGGAAGUGGAGCAGCUGAAUUCCGAGCUGGUGGAGGUUCGCGGGAUGGCAGAGAUCAACUCCGCCAAGCUCCAAUCCAACAUCAGCAUCCUGAACGAGGAGGUGGAAGCUCUCAAGUCCAAGCACAAGAUCCAGGAGGGACAGCUGAGGGAUCGGGAGUCGGAGAUCGAGGAGCUGCGGCGCAGGAUCCGAGAGCUGGAAGCCGAGAACGAGGCGCUGAGGAAGAAGAUUGCCGAGCUGCGACGGGAGCUGGACGACCAGACGGCGAACAUGGAGCGUUACCAGCGGGAAGCAAGGGACGCAAACUCGGAAGUGGAGAGGUUGGAGCAGCUACUGGCCCAGAGGGAGUCUGACAUCAGGGGUCUGCAGUCAGAUUUGUUGUCAGCUCGUGACGAGGUCAACAUCACCAAGAUCAAGACAACAGAGAUAACCAGGGCAGAAAGUGAGCAGCUUUCCUCUCAGAUGAAGUUGAGUAACGACCUUCAGAUGGCACUAAAUGAGAAGCAGGGGAAGCUAGGGGCCAUGGAGGCUGAAGCGCGUAAACUGCGUUCUGACCUAGAAAUAACACGACGGGACAACGAAGACAAAUUUGCUGUAAUCAACAGCCUGAAGAACAAGACGAGGGAUCUGGAGAGUGAAUUAUCAGGUCUGAAUCAGAAGCUGCACCAGGACAAGCAGGCCAACAGGUCGCUGCAGGAGAAGAUUGACGAUCUGCAGUUCGAGAUGAACCGCCUCCGCCGGGAACUGCAGGAGAAACAGUCGUACAUCACCUCCAUGGAGACAAAGAUGAGCAACCUGGAGAGCUCCGUGGGUCAGAGCACUGAGAAAGAUGGGAAAAUUGAGGAGCAGAUGGAAGAGAUUCGCAGGCUGAGACUGAAAAUUGAAGGUCUCAACGACGACAUGUCAGAGCGCGAACGAAAAAUGCAUGAUCUGGCAAGAGAGAAGGAGGACCUGCAGAGCAAGUAUGACUUUUACUACUCGGAAACCAGCAAGCUCCAGACGCAGGUGACUGAGAUCGAGACUGUCCAGACCCAGAUGGGCGGCAACACAGAGGCACUCGAAGAGGAGCUGGAGAGCCUGAGGCGUCGACUGAAGUCCGACAACGAGCAUGCGAACCAGGAAGCCUUCGAGCUGCACCGCCGAAUCACGGAGCUGGAACUGGAAAGGAACACGGCGACCGAGAAGCUGAAGCACAUGGAGGUGAACAUGAGCCAGGGCAGCGGGGAGGUGGAGAGCCUGCGCCAGCAGCUGCGGCGGGCCGAGCAGGACUGCAGCAACACGGAGCUCAGGUACAACGAGAUGCACAAGGUGAACGAGAGGCUGCGGAGUGACAUGGACGACAUCCUCCACCAGCGCGACAUGGCCCAGCGCCUCAGUAAGGAACAGGAGGCAAAACUGCUGAGCCUCUCCCAGCGGCUCAGGCACCUGGAGGAGCAGACGCGUUCGGAAAUCCUGGACCUCCAGUCCAAGCUGCGAAACCUGCAGAACGAGUACCAGCUGUUGGAUAGGAAGCAGCAGGACACCCUGGAUAAACUGAGGCUGGCUGAGAGCGAGCUACAGACGGAGAGAACUGCCAGGCAGAGUGGGGAGUUCUCCCAGACGACGGUCACCAAGACAACCGUCACCAAGACCAGCGCGGCGGACCAAGAAGUGGUGAAGGCAGCCCCAGCCCAGAUGCAGCAAUCGGCUCCCACACCUAUGGCGGAAGCGCUAGAGUUAAAGCUGAAACAACUUGAAGCUGACGCUCUCAAAAUGGCAGAGGAGAUGGACUCCAAGCUGCGUGGCGGUCGACCAGACGAUGACUUUGACGGCCCAGAUGGCAUGGAAAGGGUCGGGGAAGAAAAGCUAGGACGCAAACCUGGGUCCAAGGGGCACGGAAAGCCUCGCAGGUCCGGAUCCCACACAUCCAGUUCUUCUUCUUCCUCAUCUUCCUCCUCAUCUGACUCGGAAGACGAAGGGAAAGGAAAGACUUCAAAGAAGAAGCACCCCAAGAAGAAGGAUGGUGAGAAGGACAAGGACCGCCCGAGGAAGAAAGGUGGCGACUCAGAUGAGGAAGGGCCUAAGAAGAAGGGAGUGGACUUCGGAGCGCUGCUAGCUGACGCCAAGUAUCGUCCCGACAAGGUGGAGCGUGUUGCAGCGGUACCCGGCGAUGAAAUGAUGUCAGUUCCCGACGAGUGGAAAGACAAUACAAAGGCUGCUCCAGGCUUUGACGAUUCCUUGGCUCGCCCAGCUGAUGCUACAAGGCAGCCAUGGGGACGAGAAGGCGUGGUCCCUGCUGAGGAGAUGCAGACUCGCCCUGACGAGAUGAGGGCACGGCCGUGGAGGAAGGGGGGACCAGAAGACGGGACCAAGUCAGGCGCACCUGGGGAUGCUGAUGAUGACGAGAUACGCCCGUACAAGAGAGGGCCAGAUAGGGCCACACCUGGGGCGCAGGAAGAGAUGAGGAUGGCUGAUGAGCUGGAGUCGGGUGCUCCUGGCCGGAUGAGGCCAGUGGAGUUUGUCGUACCCAUCUUCAUCGAGGUACUGUCUUCAGGCAACCUGACUGCUGAGGUGAAGCAGCCAUCUGGCCGCGUUGCCCAGCCCAAGUUCAUCGACAACCGUGACGGGUCCCUGACCAUCAAGUACACCCCCACAGAGGCAGGGCUGCACGAGCUCUGCAUCAAGUACAACGGAGAACAUAUACCAGGAAGCCCCAUCCAGUUCCAUGUGGAUGAGAUCAGGCCAGGCCAGGUCUCGGCGUUUGGCUCAGGUCUGAGUCACGGUGUUGCAGGGCAGCAGUCCAACUUCACCAUCGUCACUAAGGAUGCUGGAGCAGGUGGGCUUGCUCUGGCUGUGGAGGGUCCGUCCAAGGCAGAGAUCACCUGUCGUGACAACAAGGACGGCACCUGCAGCGUGUCCUACCUGCCCACCCAGCCCGGCGAGUACAACAUCAUCGUCAAGUUUGCUGACAGGCACAUCCCGGGCAGUCCCUUCAAGGCCAAGAUCGUCGGAGACCAGCGUAAGCCCCAGCAGGUGGCAGUGGGAGCGGCUAACGAGGUGUCGCUGAAGAUCGCGGAGCAGGACCUGAGUCUGCUCCAGGCCAGCAUCAGGAGCCCCUCGGGCCACGAGGAACCCUGUCUGCUCAAGAGGCUGUCCAACGGACACAUAGGUAUCUCGUUCACACCACGUGAGGUUGGAGAACACCUGGUCAGUGUGAAGAAGAACGGCCGUCACGUCGCCAACAGCCCCUUCAAGAUCCUGGUUGGUCAGCAGGAGAUCGGCGACGCCAGGAAGGUCAAGGUCAAGGGCGCAGGCCUGCGGGAGUCGGCCACAUUUGAUGUGGCAGAGUUCACCGUGGACACCAGGGAGGCAGGCUAUGGAGGCCUGGGACUGUCCAUCGAGGGACCCAGCAAGGCUGACAUCAACUGCAGGGACAACGAGGAUGGCACCUGUACUGUCACCUACAGGCCUACAGAACCUGGCAACUACAUCAUCAACAUCAAGUUUGCUGAUCAACAUGUACCAGGGAGUCCGUUCACAGUGAAAGUAACAGGAGAGGGCGCCGGCAAACACACCGAGAAGAUCACACGGAAACGACAGGCUGCUUCUGUGGCAACUGUGGGCAGCACAUGUGACCUGAACCUUAAGAUACCAGCCAAUUGGUUCCAAAUGAUACAAGCGAGCAAACGGAUAGAAACCGUGACGCGAACAGAAAUCAAAGAAACCAGUCCGUUCGACUUGUCGGCCCAGGUGACCAGCCCGUCUGGCAGGACAGAAGACGCCGAAAUCGUGGAGCUGGAGAACUGCACGUACAGCGUGAGGUUUGUGCCGGCAGAGAUGGGCAUCCACACUGUCAGUGUCAGGUACAAGGGAGCACACGUGCCUGGGAGCCCAUUCCAGUUCACUGUUGGUCCCAUCACUGAGGGUGGAGCAGGGAAGGUGCAGGCAGGAGGGCCUGGCCUGGAGAGGGGAGAGGUCGGACAGCUCUCUGAGUUCACCAUCUGGACCCGUGAGGCCGGUGCAGGGGGCCUGGCCAUCGCUGUGGAAGGUCCUGCCAAGGCUGAGAUCAACUUUGAGGACAGGAAGGAUGGAUCCUGCGGGGUGUCCUACAUGCCAACCGACCCAGGAGAGUACCAGGUCAGCAUCAAGUUUAACGAUGACCACAUCCCGGGCAGUCCCUUCAGCGUGGACGUCAUCCCGCCCAUGGGUGACGCUCGGCAGGUCAGCGUGUCCAGCCUGCAGGAGACCGGCCUGAAGCUCAACCAACCGGCUUCCUUCGCUGUCCAGCUGAACGGAGCACGGCCUGGCGACCUCCAGGCUCAGGUCAUCGCGCCGUCCGGGGCGCAGGAGGAGUGUAUCAUCACAGAUGUGGAGGAGGCAGGUCAGUAUGUGGUGAGGUUCAUGCCGCGGGAGAACGGCGUCUACACCGUCCACGUGACGUACAACAACGUGCCCAUCCCGGGCAGCCCGUUCCGCAUCCGGGCAGGCACGUCACUCGUGGAGGGAGACGCAGGCAUGGUGCAUGCCUACGGCGCUGGCCUGGAGGGGGGCAGAACAGGAGAGAGGUGUGAGUUUAUUGUGAACACGAUCAACGCGGGGGCGGGGGCGCUGGCCAUCACGGUGGACGGCCCAUCCAAGGUGCAGCUGGACUGUGUGGAAUGUGAUGAGGGCUACAAGGUGACGUACAUCCCACGGGCGCCGGGAGACUACAACAUCUCCGUCAAGUACGCCGGACAGAACCCCAUCGUGGGCAGCCCAUUCAGGGCAAGAAUCACAGGUCCAAAGAUGGCAGGCGCGGUGUCAGGCAUGCACGAGUCGUGCUCGGUCGUGGUGGAGACAGUUUCCAAGUCUUCGGCACAAGCGAGCUACGCGGGCGGCAUGCAGGGCAUGUCCAGACUCCUGUCAGAUGCCAGCAAGGUCAAGUCACAAGGCAUGGGGCUGAAGAAGGGCUUUCUGGGACAGAAGAACAGCUUCAACGUGGACUGUGGCAAUGCAGGUACAAACAUGCUGAUGGUGGGUGUACACGGGCCCAGGACGCCGUGCGAAGAGGUCAAUGUCAAACACAUGGGCGGACAGAAGUACAACGUAGUGUACACCGUACGAGAAAAGGGCGAUUACGAACUCAUUGUAAAAUGGGGGGAUCAACACAUCCCUGGCAGUCCAUUCAAGGUUACAGUAACGUAACUUCCCGGUAUGGUGAUCCUAGAUCAUAGUACCACUGCCAUUGUUUAGUCGAGAACCCCCCUUGAAAAAAAGAAACUUGUAUCUACUUUUUGUAUUGUAGCUCAAAGAUAAGGCGAUGCACCGUAUAUGCUAUGCAAGAGAACUGAGAGACAUCUGCUGGUAUAACCUAACGAAGGGGAGGGGCUGGGGAGAGAAUAGAUGGUGCCUUCGACCUGUGUUAUUUUGCAAUGGAAUCAAGAGAAAACGGGAACAAUUUUUCCUGAAAUGACAAGAAAGGCUACUGUUGAGGAUAUGUCUUAUGAUAUUAAUAUAGAGAUAUUAUAGAGAUAUGCAGUUGAACUUGAAUGCUUCAGAGAAAGUAGAUGACCGUGAUAUAUAAAUAUAACCCUACGUUUGCCAUGAGAGACGUAUGCUAAAAACCCUGGAGUACUGACUUUCUAUUGGUUCUCUUGCCGGCUGACUUCUAGCAAGACUACCGGUAAUACGGUUAGCGGAUGGAAAAUGUAAUGGGAAUAAAAUUGUAGUAAUGAAUUGUGGUGAAAAUUAAGGUUGAAUGGAAGCAUUUUGUAAAGAGGAGGCCCAGUAGACAGCAAAUCAUGAGCUGUUAGAAGUGAAUUUAUAUGAGAAAAGAUGCCAUUUUUAUAUUGGGAUAUAGUAGUUUUAGCAGCAAUGGAUGUAAUAGAAGUCAACAAUGUAUACAACAUACAUGCGAGGGAAUGCAUUUUGGAGUAAUACAUAAGAACUAACUGUAGGAUUUAUUGUAGCUCUAUAACAAUCUUCCAACCUACGUUGGAGUUAUUUCAAAUUGACAAUAAAUUACAAUACAAGAGUAAGAAAGAAGACCACGCGAGUGAAAGCUUUUGUUUUCCUGCCUGCCCCCCCACCUCGCUUUAUUGGUGGCUAAUUUAAAUUAUAGAUGUUGUUGAAGAAAACUUUGCAUAAAUUUUAGAGUUGUGUUUGUAUUUUUUCAGUGUAGUAUGAUGAAGGGGGUGAUAUUGAGUUACACCACAUUAGGGUGGACCCCUCUAGAGUAACGUGCACUGGGCUAACCACGCUGCAACUGACGCUUUUCACAUUGGUGGAGCUAACCAACGCCUAUACUAUAAAUGAAAUAAAGGAGUGCCUUUUCUUACGACUGUUUCUUCCUGUAGACUUGCACAUGAGUGUGACGCGUACCGUACCACUCCAGAACAAAUAAAAAGGUGCUUUUGACUUUUACAACA